AUGUCUGCAAGAGGAUUACGAUAUUUGCAUGAGAAAUCGGGAGCAGAUGAAUGCUAUUUAGCGAUCUUCAUCACCUCCGGCAUCUCGAUUUAUCUCGUUAUCGGUGAUUAUGCUCGAUUUGUUGCCAAUGCAAUCCUUACUGCCGUACCGAUCCUGCUCACCUAUGUUUAUCCGGAAGAGAAGCCACCGCUCGAUAAUCUUUUAUGUUAUUGGUCUAUAUACGUUAUUGCAACAUUGUUUUUGGAUCCGAAAUUAGAAGACAAAGGAAGUUAUUAUUGGAUGAAAAUGCUUAUGCUGGUACUACUAAUAACAUUUCCCAGAAAAGCUGAAAAUAUUGAAUUAAAGCAAGGUAAAAAUGUAGACAAUCAUCAGGAAGAAAUAAUGGCUGCCAAAAAUAAUACUUUAAGUGAAAAAGAUAUAUCUGAUCAACGAUCUUCAGAACGAGUUCCUCCGCUUGUUCCACAGCUGGAUUCGAGAACGGAAAAUUCCAUUUAUACUGAUGAUGGACUUCAAACUACUCCAAUAAGGGAAUCUUUGAUUGUUCCUGAAAGCAAACCAAAUGUUUUUAUAAAAGAAUCUCCAACUAUUUUACUUCAGAAAUCCAACUUAAAUAUAGAGAAGCAUUGUCAAAUCAGUCAACCACCGAGAAAAUCGCAACUAUUUCAAGGAAGGAAAUUUCUAAAUACUUCUAUUUUGAAGCCUGAAAUUAUCUCUGGACAAGAGCUUCCGACUGCUUCUGAAACGAAAUCUCAGGUGUUACCUUCAAAUAAACUAAUGAUGACUUAUGAAGAGAUAUCUCAAGUUACACCAAUGAAAAGUUUUCAGUCUGCUUCUAUAGGACAAGAUAUGACAAGUUUUGGGAAGGAACCACAAACAUUUUGUGCAAGGAAACUUGAAUCCAGUUGUUCUAAAGAACAAAAUAUAAUUCCUGUAAAGCGGAAUCAAAUCAUUCCAUUGAAAGAAUCUAAGAACUUUACGAUAAGUGAAUAUAAGAUAAGUUCUGGCUCGGAUAAAAAAAUUCAUACUGUCUGUGUCAAGGAUUCAGACCGGUUGGAAAUUCCUACUGAAAGGAAAUUUAAGGAACAUCAGAAUAUUUCUAUGAGAAAGCCUCAAAAUGUCACCACAAACGAAGUUCCACUUACACCUUUGACAAUUUCCACACCUGUUUCUAUUAAGCAAUCUCAAAAUAUCUCAAGUAAAGAGACUAAGAAACCUCAAUUUGUUUCAGAACAUGAUUUAGGGACAAUUUCUGUGGUAGAAUCGCACAUCCUUCCUGCAGGCAAAUCAAAAGUUCCUGAUGCCUCUGCAAAGUUUAUUAAGAUUUCUGAAAAAGAACAUCAAAUCUUGCAUAACAGCAAAGCUGUUUCAAUAUCUGAGACUGAAACGAUGGUACAAAAACCUUCUCCCGCGAAGUCUCAACUUUCUUCUUGGAAAAAGUCUGAUGCAGUAACAGAAGCAAAAACCCAAAUUAAUCAUACAAAAAAAAUAAUUAAUACUGAUAAGAAGCAAUCUCUGCUCACUUCCAGUGCAAGUAUUAGUCUCGAAAGAAAUGAGGAUUCUGAAAAGGAAAUUUCUCAAAAUACUGCUGAGGCAAAAAAGUUAGCCAGUGUCAUCAGGUGGGUUGCAACUGGGAAAACUGUCGUCAUAAUAAAAAAUAUGCAAACUGGAGAGAGUAUCAGAGUAUUAGACUUACAAAAUAGGCUCAAUUGA